UGCGGAGUCUGGAGGAGCUGCAGCGGAGGAGGACGCUGCCACCCACCGCCCCCGGGAGCUCACUGCAGCCGGGUCCCGCAGCGCAGUCAGGCAGCGGCUGGGCGAGCCCUGCCCAGGUCCGGGGACCGUGGUAGCCACAGGAGCAGGAACAGGACCAUGUUCCCAGGCUGCCCACCCCUCUGGGUCCUGGUGGUCCUGGGCACCAGCUGGGCAGGCUGGGGGAGCCCGGGGGCCGAGGCAGCGCAGCUAAGGCAGUUCUACGUGGCCGCUGAGCACAUCAGUUGGAGCUACCACCCUGAGCCCACAAACCCAAGUUUGAAUGCUUUUGCAACUUCCUUUAAGAAAAUUGUCUACAGAGAGUAUGAAGCAUAUUUUAAGAAAGAAAAGCCACGAUCCGGUAUUUCAGGACUUCUUGGGCCCACUUUAUAUGCUGAAGUUGGAGACAUCAUGAAAAUUCACUUUAAGAACAAGGCAGACAAGCCCUUAAGCAUCCAUCCUCAAGGAAUUAAGUACAGUAAAUUCUCAGAAGGUGCUUCUUACCCUGACCACACAUCCCCUGUGGAGAAGAUGGAUGAUGCUAUAGCUCCAGGCCAAGAAUAUACCUAUGAGUGGAUUAUUAGUGAGGACAGUGGACCUACCCACGAUGACCCUCCCUGCCUCACACAUAUCUAUUAUUCCCAUGAGAAUCUGGUACAAGACUUCAACUCUGGACUGAUUGGACCUCUGCUUAUCUGUAAAAAAGGCACCCUAAGUGAGGAUGGGACUCAGAAGAUGUUUGAGAAGCAAUUUGUGCUGCUGUUUGCUGUGUUUGAUGAAAGCAAGAGCUGGAGCCAGUCAUCGUCACUAAUGUACACUGUCAAUGGCUAUGUGAAUGGGACGAUGCCAGAUAUAAUGGUUUGUGCCCGUGAUCAUGUCAGCUGGCACCUGAUUGGAAUGAGCUCUGGGCCGGAAAUGUUCUCCAUUCAUUUCAAUGGCCAGGUCCUGGAGCAAAACCAUCAUAAAGUCUCAGCCAUCACCCUCGUCAGCGCUACAUCCACCACUGCAAAUAUGACUGUGAGCACAGAGGGAAGGUGGAUUAUAUCUUCUCUCACCCCAAAACAUUUGCAAGCUGGGAUGCAGGCUUACAUCAACAUUAAAAACUGCCCAAAGAAAACCAGAAUGCCUAACAAAAUGACUCUUGAGCAAAGGCGGCACAUUAAGAGGUGGGAAUACUUCAUUGCUGCAGAAGAAGUCAUUUGGGACUAUGCGCCUAUAGUACCAGCAAAUAUGGACCAGAUCUGGCUACUUAUGUGUGCCCCUCAAGAACAUGGCUUUAAAGUCAGUGUCCUGGGAGAUCUGAUCACAUUCAAAAAUAUGGCCAGCCGUCCCUAUAGCAUUUACCCUCAUGGAGUGACCUUCUCUCCUUACGAAGAUGGAGUCAACUCUUCCUCCACCUCAGGCAGUAACACCAUGAUCAGAGCAGUAAAACCAGGGGAAACCUAUACUUAUAAAUGGAACAUCCUGGAGUUUGAUGAACCCACAGAAAAUGAUGCCCAGUGCUUAACAAGACCAUACUACAGUGAUGUAGACAUCAUAAGGGACAUUGCCUCUGGGCUAAUAGGACUACUUCUAAUUUGUAAGAGCAGAUCCCUGGACAAGCGAGGCAUACAGAGGGCAGCAGACAUUGAACAGCAGGCUGUGUUUGCUGUGUUUGAUGAGAACAAAAGCUGGUACAUUGAAGACAAUAUCAACAAGUUUUGCGAAAAUCCUGAUGAGGUGAAACGUGACGACCCCAAGUUUUAUGAAUCGAACAUCAUGAGCACUAUCAAUGGCUAUGUGCCUGAGAGCAUACCCACGCUAGGAUUCUGCUUUGAUGACACUGUCCAGUGGCACUUCUGCAGUGUGGGGACCCAGGAUGACAUUUUGACCAUUCACUUCACUGGGCACUCAUUCAUCUAUGAAAAGAGGCAUGAGGACACCUUGACCCUCUUCCCUAUGCGUGGAGAAUCUGUGACUGUCACAAUGGAUAAUGUUGGAACAUGGAUGUUAACUACCAUGAAUUCUAGUCCAAGAAGCAAAAACCUCAGGCUGAGAUUCAGGGAUGUUAAAUGUAUCCUAGAUGAUGAUGAAGACUCAUAUGAGAUUUAUGAACCUCCGUCCUCUACAGCCAUGGCUACACGGAAAAUGCAUGAUUUUCCAGAAAGUAAUGAUGAUGAGAAUGAUGCUGAAGAUGAUUACCAGUAUAUACUGGCUUCAGAGUUAGGAAUUAGGUCGCUCAGAAAUUCAUCAUUGAAUCAGGAGGAAGAUAAAUUCAAUCUUACUGCUCUAGCUAUGGAGAACAGCUCUGAAUUCAUUUCCCCAAGUACAGAUACAGCUGUUGGUUCAAAUUCUUCUUCCCCAAGUAAUGUUAGCAGUCUCACUGUCAAUAACCUUGCGGGACCUCAGAAAACCCUUCCUCACCCAGGAGCCACCACAGCUGGUCACCCACUGGGACACUUCAAUGGCUUAGACAAGAACUCAGUUCUCAACUCUUCCAUGGCAGAAUAUUCCAGUCCAUAUUCUGAAGACCCCAGUGAGGAUCCUCUACAGUCAGAUGUCACAGGGAUAAGCCUACUUCCGCAUGGGGCAAGAGGAUUCAGACGUCAAGAACAUGCUAAACAUAAGGGAUCCAAGAAAGAAAGAUACCAAGCAGCAAAGCACAGGUUCUCUCAGAUGAAAUUACUAGCACAUAAAAUUGGGAGACAUUUCAGCCAAGACAAUGGUUCUCCUUCCGGGAUGGGGCCCUGGGAGAACCUUCCUAGUGAUCUGUUACUCUUAAAAGAAAACGAUCCAUCUAAGAUUUUGAAUGGGAAAUGGCAUGUGGUUUCUGAGAAAGGUAAUUAUGAAAUAAUCCAAGAUACUCAGGAAGACAUGGCUGUUAAUAAGCCUCUGACCAGCCCCCAGAAUGUCUCAAGUCCUUGGGGUUCAGAAAGCACCCCCCUUAUAAACAAUCCUGGGAAUCAGAGUGGCCACCUAAAGUUCUCUAGAGUUAGGCAUAAAUAUCUACAUGUGAGACAGGAUGUAAGAAAUAGUAGAUUGAAGAAAAGCCCAUUUUUCAUUAGGACGCGAAAAAAAAAAAAGGGAGAGAAGCUUGGAAAUCAUGUUCCUUUAUCUCCCAGGGGCUUUCACCCUCUAAGAGGGGCGGCCUCUGCCACAUUUUCAGACCAAAUGUUGAAUCAUUCAUUGUUACUCCAUAAGUCCAAUGAAACAUCCCUUCCCACAGACCUCAAUCAGACAUUGCCCUCUAUGAAUCUUGACCUGAUGACCUCACUUCCUGACCAUAAUCAGAAUCCCCCAAAUGACACUAGUCAGACAAGCUCACCUCCAGAUCUUUAUCAGACAGUGCCCCCAAAGGAACACCAUCAAACUUUCCCUAUUCAAGACCCUGAUCAAAUGCACUCUACCACCGACCCCAGUCACAGAUCCUCUCCUCCAGAGCUCAGCUGGAUGCUCGACUAUGAUCUAAGUCACCAGUCCUUCCCUGCUGACCUUGGUCAACUGUCCCCUUACUUGGAACAUGAAGUCUGGCAGACAGCCAUCUCUGCAGAUGUCAGCCAAUCAUCCCUCUCCCCAGACCUGGCUACUGUCUCUCCAGAUCUCAGCCAAUCAUCUCUCUCCCCAGACCUGGGCACCAUCUCUCCAGACCUCAGCCAACCAUCCCUCCCCCCAGACCUGGGUACCAUCUCUCCAGACCUCAGCCAAUCAUCCCUCUCCCCAGACCUGGGUACCAUCUCUCCAGACCUCAGCCAAUCGUCUCUCUCCCCAGACCUGGGUACCAUCUCUCCAGACCUCAGCCAAUCGUCUCUCUCCCCAGACCUGGGUACCACCUCUCCAGACCUCAGCCAAUCGUCCCUCUCCCCAGACCUGGGUACCAUCUCUCCAGACCUCAGCCAAUCGUCUCUCUCCCCAGACCUGGGUACCUCUCCAGACCUCAGCCAAUCGUCCCUCUCCCCAGACCUGGGUACCAUCUCUCCAGACCUCAGCCAAUCGUCCCUCUCCCCAGACCUGGGUACCAUCUCUCCAGACCUCAGCCAAUCGUCCCUCUCCCCAGACCUGGGUACCAUCUCUCCAGACCUCAGCCAACUGUCUCUCUCCCCAGACAUAGGUACCAUUUCUCCAGACCUCAGCCAAUCAUCCCUCUCCCCAGCCCUCGACCAGAUGACACUCUCUGCAGAAUUCACUCAGACAAGCCUUUCCCUAGAUGUCAGUCAGAUGCCCCUUUCUCCAGACCUCAGCCACACAACGCUUUCCCCAGAUCUCAGUCAGACAACCCCCUCCCCAGACCUCGGUCAAAUGUCCCUUUCUCCAGACCUCAGCCAGAUGACCCUUUCUCCAGACCCCAGUGAAACAAACAUUUCCCCAGACUUCAGUCACAUAUCCCUUUCUUCAGCCCUUGGCCGGGUAGCUCUCUCUCCAGACAUCAGUCAGACAACCCUUCCUCCUGAUCUCAGGCAGACAUCGCCUCUUCCAGACCUUGAUCACACAUUCUACCCUUCUGAGUCUAGUCAGUCAUUACCUCUUCCAGAAUUUAAUGAGACUUUUCCUUAUUCAGACCUUGGUCAGAUGCUAUCUCCUACACUCAAUGACACUUUUAUAUCAAAGGAAUUUAAUCCACCGGUUGUAGUAGGCCUCAGUAGAGAUGAUGGAGAUUACAUUGAGAUUAUUCCAAGGCAGGAGGACCAGGACAGUGAUGAAGACUAUGUCGAAAUUGAUUAUGUGGCCUAUAGUGACCCCUACCAAACUGAUAUUAGGACAGACAUCAACUCCUCCAGAAAUCCUGACAACAUCGCGGCAUGGUACCUCCGCAGCAACAAUGGAAACAGAAGAAAUUAUUAUAUUGCUGCAGAAGAAAUAUCCUGGGAUUAUUCAAAAUUCGCACAAAGUGAAAUGGAUAAUGAAGACAUUGAUAAUAUUCCAGAGGGCACCAUAUACAAGAAAGUAGUUUUUCGAAAGUACCUUGAUAGCACUUUUACCAAACGUGAUCCUCGAGGGGAGUAUGAGGAACAUCUUGGCAUUCUUGGUCCUGUUAUUAGAGCCGAAGUGGAUGAUGUUAUCCAAGUUCGUUUUAAAAAUUUAGCUUCCAGACCAUAUUCUCUUCAUGCUCAUGGACUUUCCUAUGAAAAAUCAUCAGAGGGAAAGACUUAUGAAGACGACUCUCCUGAAUGGUUUAAGGAAGAUAAUGCUGUUCCGCCAAACAGCAGUUACACAUACGUAUGGCACGCCACUGAUCGAUCGGGGCCGGAAAGCCCUGGCUCUGCCUGUCGGGCUUGGGCCUACUACUCGGCUGUGAACCCGGAAAAAGAUAUCCACUCGGGGUUGAUUGGGCCCCUUCUGAUCUGCCAAAAAGGAACACUUCAUAAGGAGAGCAACAUGCCGGUGGACAUGAGAGAAUUCGUCUUACUUUUUAUGGUCUUUGAUGAAAAGAAGAGCUGGUACUAUGAAAAGAAGUCCACAAGGUCUUGGAGACUCGCAUCCUCAGAAGUAAAAAACUCCCAUGAGUUUCAUGCCAUUAAUGGGAUGAUCUACAACAUGCCUGGCCUGAGAAUGUACGAGCAAGAGUGGGUGAGGUUCCACCUGCUGAAUGUGGGCGGCUCCCAAGACAUUCACGUGGUUCACUUCCACGGGCAGACCUUGCUGGAAAAUGGCCAUCAACAGCAUCAGUUAGGGGUCUGGCCCCUUCUGCCUGGUGCAUUUAAAACUCUUGAAAUGAAGCCAUCAAAACCUGGCUGGUGGCUCCUAAACACAGAGGUUGGAGAAAACCAGAGAGCAGGGAUGCAAACGCCAUUUCUUGUCAUAGACAAAGAAUGUAAGAUGCCAAUGGGACUAAGCACUGGUAUUGUAUCUGAUACGCAGAUCAAGGCUUCUGAGUAUCUGGGUUAUUGGGAGCCUAAAUUAGCAAGAUUAAACAACAUUGGAUCAUAUAAUGCUUGGAGUGUAGAAAAACUUGCAACAGGAUUUGGCUCUAACCCUUGGAUCCAGGUGGACAUGCAAAAGGAAGUUGUAAUCACAGGGAUCCAGACCCAAGGUGCCAAACACUACCUGAAGUCCCUCUACACCACAGAGUUCAAUGUGGCCUACAGUUCUGACCACACCAACUGGCAGAUCUUCAAAGGGAACAGCACGAAGAACGUGAUGUAUUUUGAUGGCAAUUCAGAUGCAUCUUCAAUAAAAGAGAAUCAGUUUGACCCACCUAUUGUGGCUAGAUAUAUUAGGAUCUCUCCAACUAGAUCCUAUAACAGACCUACCCUUCGACUGGAACUGCAAGGUUGUGAGGUGAAUGGAUGUUCCACACCACUGGGUAUGGAAAGUGGAAAGAUAGAAAACAAGCAAAUUACAGCUUCCUCCUUUAAAAAAUCUUGGUGGGGAGAUUACUGGGAACCCUCUCGUGCCCGUCUUAACGCCCAGGGACGUGUGAAUGCCUGGCAAGCCAAGGCAAACAACAACAAACAGUGGUUACAAAUUGAUCUACUCAAAAUCAAGAAGAUAACUGCAAUGAUAACACAAGGCUGCAAGUCUCUGUCCUCUGAAAUGUAUGUGAAGAGCUACACCAUCCACUACAGUGACCAGGGAGUGGAAUGGAAACCUUACAGGCAGAAAUCCUCCAUGGUGGACAAGAUUUUCGAAGGAAAUAGUAAUACCAAAGGACACGUGAAGAACAUUUUCAACCCCCCAAUCAUUUCUAGGUUUAUCCGCAUCAUUCCUAAAACAUGGAAUCAAAGUAUUGCACUUCGCCUGGAACUCUUUGGCUGUGAUAUUUACUAGAAUUGAAUAUUCAUAAGCACCGGAAAGAAUCUUUAAGACAUCAAACCAUUUAGAGUGGCAAUGUGUUUUAUGGCUAUUUUAAAUGUUAACAAUUUUCUACUAUUUCUCUUUUUUCUAUUAGAGAAUAAAAUUUUAUAAGAA